ACAAACACAUGCACAUACAGUCAUUGCCCUCCUAUUCUUCUCCACACAGUGGCAGGAAGUUGUCCAGAUAUCCGCAGGGCCUCUGAAAAAAAAAAUAAAAAAGAGCGAGUGAACAGAGUGGACUGGGUGGUGUUAGAAGGUGUUGGUCGUGGUGACGGUGGUGAUGAAAUUGGGCGGCUUCCCUCAGAGUUAACUGUUCACUGUGAACAGCGGGGUUGUAGCUGCACCGCGGGGUUACAGAUUUACAAACGCUGUGAGUCACAGCUGAGCUUCUGUAGACCAGAGGCAGGUUUACCAAACAGCUGGACAGGACCUCUGAUCCGUCUGAGCAGGGGAGAAGAAAAGGCCCACAGCUGGUGACCUGAAGAGCCUGAAGAUGUUGGCUCUGAGGAUGUUUCUUCUGCUGGGACUGAGCUGGACAUGUCGAGCUGCAUCUGGUGAUCCAUGGGGUCAUUGUCCAGUCAACAGAAACUGUAAGGACAAGUUUGGAGACGGGUCAUGUGACAGAGAAUGUAUGGAGCCCGAGUGUCUCAGAGACGGCUUCGACUGCCUGAAGGACAGGAGCCAUUGCAAUCCGGCCCACAUCCAGUACUGCCGCGAUCAUUAUGCCAACUCCCACUGCGAGCAGGGAUGUGACAGCGCCCCCUGUGGAUGGGAUGGCAGCGACUGCUUCACACACCAGAGCCCUCUAUGGGCUAAAGGCACCCUGGUUCUUCACACUAACAUCCCUCACCGUAACACCUUCUCCAACAGCUCCCUGCUGUGGGCCCUCAGCGUCCUCCUCCACUCACCACUCAAACUGAGAGGGUCCACCCCCCUCGCCACCAACAGGAAUUUGUUUGACUUUGACGCUCAGCAGCUCGCCGACCUGCUGGCCCAGGCAACACCGGCUGACUCGAAUGGCUCCCUCCUUUUCCUCCAAGUGGACAACAGGCCAUGCUCCCGUUCGCCCUCUAACUGUUUCCCCUAUGCCACCGAAGCAGCCAGUUUCCUACGUGCUGUAAUUUUACUGAAGACCACCUCGUUCCACACCCUCCCUCAGCUGAACGCCGUCAUUGGCAUUAGAGGUGUCCGAGAGGAAAUAGGAAGCAGGGAGGAGGAAAUGGUAAAAGGGGAAGUCAAAGAGUCAAACCCUGUGUGGCUUUGGGCUGUGGUUGCCAUAGCAGUUGGCCUGCUGCUGGCGCUGCCCCUGGUUUUGUUCCUGGUGGUGAGGAGGGUGAGGCAGCAGCGGGCGGAGAGGGAGGGCAAUAACAGGAUGAGACACCGGUCCACGGUCACCAACAAUGAUGGCAAAGCCAAGUCCUGGACACCGCACGCAGCCCACCAAGAGCAGAGGGUCAGAUCCAGUAGGGAGAAAGACAAGAUCAGCUUAAGGAAAAAGAAAAAAUCCAAGGAAGCAGAGAAAAAGAGGAGGAGGGAACCUCUGGGCGAGGACGCCAUUCGAAUGCGGCCUCUCAAGAGGGACCAGGAUGUAGGAAGUGACACAGACUUUACCCAGAGUUCAAUGGAAGACAUCAAUGCAAGAUGCUCCAGGCGACAGGAGGACGCCUCCAUCUGUGACCACAGGACCCAGGAGCAAAAACACUACCGAGCUGGACCCUCACAGCCCCGCAGACCCAUACAGCCUCCACCUAGAGGAUGGGAGAGAAACGCCAUGCCUCCUCCUCUGCUCAGUCCUCCUCAGCAGUCGGCAGAGUGGUGUGGCCCAGAUGGGUCUGUGGUUCUGAUCCGAGCCGUGCGUAGCGGGCUGGACAGAGUGGUUUUGGAGCUGCUGCGAGCAGGAGUACCAGUUAACAACACGGAUCAUACUGGGAGAUCAGCCCUGCACUGGGCAUGCUCAGUAAACCACCUCUCCCUAACAAGGACCCUCAUACGCUAUGGGGCUGCUGUGGACCUGCAAGACAACAAGGGCGAGACACCGCUCUUCCUCUCUGCCCUCCACGGUUGCUAUGACACCGCCAGACUUCUCCUCCUUCAUGGUGCCAACCUUGACCUGCACGAUCGAAGGGGGCGUCGGCCGAUCGACGUGGCCAGAGAGGGCAUGCGUCAUCAGGUCCUGGAGCUCCUACUGGCCCACCAAAUUCAGAGAGGACCUGUCCCCGUCGACUCAGCCAACGACAUGCUGUGGGAGGACCGCACUCUGAUGUACUCGCCAUGGGUCGGAUCACAAGGCCUGCCUGGAAGAAGUGCCUCCUUCUCUGGGAUUGUGGGGCAUCGGGAUAUGACCACGCCACCACAAAAUGAUUGGUCAAUGAACAGAGUGCAGUACCCCUCCCCUCAGAAUUGGCGACCACAGCUUAACCAAUCAGCAACAGCCCUGGUCCCUCCAAGAGUCAUGGGUCGCUCCCCUCGGCCAAUCAGCACCUUACAGGAAGUGACCUCGGAAGACGAGGAUCGUGACAGGCAUCAGGAAGUCCCCAGAGCUGCGACACCUCACUUCCUCACACCCCAGCCAGCCCCUCGGCAGCGUUCCUUUUCCUGCACCCAGCAUGCAUUGCAGCGUCGCUCCAGUGCCCACCAGCCAGAGCCCAAUUAUAUUAUUGUGACAGACAGAACAGCCACUGAGCCCAUAGAAAGAAUAGUUGUUUCACCUCCCACAGAUGCUGCCGCCCAGUCAGAUCGCCAGCCCAAUGUAAAUGUUGACAAUCCCGGUCGAGCAGAACAAGCAGCAGUGAGUUCAACAAGCGCAGAGCAGAAAUCUAGAGGUGAGAGGUCAAAACAUGCUACUGACUCCACACAAACAGCCUUGUAGAGAAGAGGAAGAAAAUAAAUGAAAUUUUAGCUGCCUGUCCAUUCAAAAAAAAACUACUCCGACAGAGGGACACUGAGUUUUAGUUUGGCAUCAGGAAUAUUUUUGUUGCUCUCAAUGCAAAGCAGAAAGCUUACAAAUAGCCCCCAGCUGGAAGAAGUCCAACCUUUAUUUAGUGUCAUUCUGGGGUCACUUCAGUUUUCACCCAACCUUGCCUAAAUUAUUAGAAUUAUAUUUUUUAUGAGGGAGGGGGGAUAUUGAUAUUGUAAACUCAAAAUUUUCUGUUACCUGGCACAAUCAAAUAGGUAACUAACAGAACAUAUCUAACAUGAAUUCCAGUCAACUGAGGUGAAUCUGGCAGCCAGUCUGAAACUGAACUACAGCGUAUUCACACUGUUUUGUCAUGUAACAGGUUGAAUUCUGAUUAUUGCAGAAAUAUUGAAGGAGAAAUGAUUAAAAAAAAGAAAUAAUGUACAUAGUUGCACAAAGAUUUCAAAACCCUGUUGCUGCAUGCAAUAAAGUGAAUUUUCAUGUGAAAAA